AUAUGUAUCACCUGACUUGACUAUUUUGGUCUAUAAAAGAAUAUCGAUAAGUUUCAGAAAGUAUCAGUUUAAAAAGUAGUAGCGAAUAGGUUAUUUAGAGAAAUAGUCAGUAAUCAUGAAUGAAAUAAAUAAAAUCAUAUGGCUCCUAUUGCUCAUCCAAAAAAUAAAUUCAGAAUUGGAUAAUACCUAUUGGAUAAAACGUCUCAUAUUACAACAAAAUGAGCGCAAUCGGACUUUUGGUGGAAAUCUUAUGAUGAAUCACGAAGAAAGCAAAGUUAAUAAUAUUCUCAUGCAUUAUAAGAAACAAGAAAUUUAUGAAGCUUUCACAAACUCUAGGAAUUUCCUUCCAAGUAGAAAUUUUAUGCAAGUACGAGAUAAGAUAGAACAAUCUAUAGUCUACAAAAUUAUUCAGGCCAUGCCAAAAGGAGCUGUACUGCAUUCUCAUGGAACUUCUGCUGUUUCUUCUGAAUGGAUAUUUAAUAAUGUCACAUACAGAGAACAUCUCUAUGCAUGUGACAAAAAUGGUUUUUUGGCUUUAAAGUUCUUCGAGAAGCCUUCGAAUGAUUGCAAUUGGCAGUUACUCAGUGAGUUACGCAGCCAUGAAGAUCAAGCUGAUGCUAUUAACACCAAAAUACGUAACCAACUAUCCAUGAUGACUACUAAUCCUGAUGAAACUUAUCCUACCAACAAUGAUGCAUGGAAUAAAUUCGAACAAUUCUUCAAGUUCAUCGGACCACUGUUAACAUAUAGACCUGUUCAUAGAGACCAUUUUUAUCAAGGGCUUGAAGAAUUAUAUGAAGACAAUGUUUUAUAUUUGGAACUUCGAUCUACAAUACCAAAAUUAUAUGACCUAAAUGGAACUGAAUAUGGUCCUCUUGAAACUAUGAAAAUUUAUUAUCAAACUACUGAAAGAUUUAGAGAAGAACAUGAAGACUUUGUUGGAGUAAAAAUUAUAUAUUCACCACAUAAAAAUGGUCUAACAGAAGAUGUAUUCAAAAAAAUAAAUUUAACUUCAUCUCUUAUGAAAAAAUAUCCAGAUUUUUUUGCUGGUUUGGACUUGGUAGGCCAUGAGGAUAGAUUAGUGCCUAUUAAAAAAUAUAUUCCAGGAUUAUCGCAUCUCAUUAACAAAGUUAAAUUUUACUUUCACGCUGGAGAAACGAACUGGUACGGAUUAGCAUCAGAUGAAAACUUGUUAGAUGCAAUCUUACUGAACACUACGAGAAUUGGUCAUGGUUAUGCGGUGGUAAAACACCCAGAAGUACUUGAGAUAGUGAAACAAAGAAAUAUCCCAAUAGAGGUGUGCCCAAUUUCUAAUCAAGUGUUAGGUCUCGUAAAAGAUCUUCGAAAUCAUCCAGCAAAUAUUCUCUUUGCUUCCAAUUUCCCUGUUGUCGUAUCAAAUGAUGAUCCUGGUUUAUGGGGAUCAAAGGCACUCAGUUAUGAUUUCUAUGAAGCUUUUAUGGGCAUGAUGUCGAGAGAAGCAGACAUCAGAGCUUUGAAACAGCUUGCAAUAAAUUCCAUUGAUUACAGCAGUAUGAACGAUUAUCAAAAAGUCGUUGCCAAAGAUAUUUGGUCACAGAAAUGGAAUAAGUUUAUUCAAGACUUUUAUAACUCGGACAUAUAUUUUCAUUUUUUGCAAGCUGUCCAGAAGAAACGGAUUGCAGAUCCUUGA